AUGGACGCCGCCGUGGAUCUGGGCGAUGCCUCCAAGGCACUGGAACUUUCGAGGAUUCGCUACCAGCUCAUCCGAUUAGAGGACACCAUCACCUUUCACCUCAUUGAGCGUGUACAGUUCGCCUUGAAUAAGACCAUCUACACUCCUGGGGCUGUCACUCUCCCCAACUACAAUGGCAGCUUCCUAGAUUGGUACAUCCGUGAGCAGGAGAAGAUCCAGUCGCUGGUGCGCCGCUUCGAGUCGCCGGAUGAGUACCCUUUCUUCCCCGACGCGGUGCAGAAGCCCAUUCUCAAGCCGUUGAACUACCCCAAGAUCCUCCACCCCAACAACGUCAACGUCAACGACAAGAUCAAGAAGUUCUACACGGAAAAAUUUCUACCGGCUGUGUGCCCAGAUUUUGGUGGGCGCGGCGACCGCGGUGAGUCGGAGGAGAACUACGGGUCGACGGCCGUCUGCGAUAUCUCGUGCUUGCAGGCCAUCUCGCGCCGGAUCCAUUUCGGCAAAUUCGUCGCCGAGAGCAAGUUCCGCUCCGAGGAGGAAAAGUAUACUGCCCUCAUCAAGGCUGGCGACCGCGAGGCUAUCGGCGAGGCCAUCACCGAUGCUGCCGUCGAGAAAAAGGUGCUCGACCGACUGAGGCUCAAGGCCCAGACCUACGGCACCGAUCCUGCCCAAGCUGACGAGGCCAACCCGCCUUCCAAGAUCAACGUCGACGCCGUCGUUUCCAUGUACAAGGACUUUGUCAUUCCCCUGACAAAGGAGGUCGAGAUCGAAUACCUGAUGCAGAGACUCGAGCCGGAGGUAUAG